AUGAAUGAGAAAAUAAUAAGGCCUAACACAAGGAUAAAUAACAGAAAUAGGAUAAUAGAUAAAAUUUUCAGUUAAAAAUAAAAGAAUUCUUUCAAUAGUGUUAAUUAUAAGAGUUAUGUUUAAAAUAUGCUAUAGCAAAUAAAAUUAAAAGAAGAAGUUAGAAAUCAAAGCUCAAAUUUAUAUGAUUCAAAAUAUACUUGGAUUUCCAAAAUAUCUCCAUAGCCAAGACGUAAAUAAUGUGUCCCUUAAAAUCUCAGACUUGAAACUUUAAGAAAUACAUAAAGAGUAAUAAUCAAGAAGAAAUCAUAUGAUGAGGAUAAAAAUUAUAAACAAUAAUUUAGUUUAAAUUCAAAUACUAGAUUUACUACCAUUCCAAAUCGGUUAGACUCAAAAUAAACAAUUAUAGUAUCACCUAUCCUGAUCAAAGAUACUGUUCCUGUGAAAGAAUAGUUAAUAUUAGGAGAUUAAUCACGUCUCUUUGAUUUUAAUAACUUUAGUAAAUUUUCUAGUUGGUCUAGAAAAUCAUCAAAAAGCAUAAUAUGA